AUGCCAAACAUCACAAUGCUGAGUAUCCAUGACAACCCCAUAGCGACACUUCCGCGGGAAAUGGCGUUUGCCUCUACCCUUCAGUUUCUUGAUAUCGGAUCACCGGAAAUGACGACAUGGCCGGAUUCAAUUGGAACUCUGAAGGCGGUUUGGAGUUUGACACUUUAUAAACUACCGAUGUCGGAUCUGCCUGAGAAUGCUUUUGAAGGUUUGGAAAACUCAGUGACAUCGGUUUCAUUUUCUGCAACAAAACUUAAAUGUAUUCCUAAAGCACUUCGCAGACUGAAGAAAAUGACAGUUGUUACAUUUCUACUGCAGCUGAUGCUGACCAUCGUCACACAGGUUUACUCAGCCUCUGUACCCGAUGACCCCCAUCCCUGUCCCGUAAAGGCUCCGUGCAGCUGUGACUUCAAUAAAGUGGAAUGUAACAAUCUUACUCAAACAGAAUUUCCGACCUUCACCAAGGUCAACGCCACUUGGCACUGCUGGACACUCGUCAUGAAUUAUAACAACAACAUCAAAAGGAUCCCGACUGGAGCUUUCGAUAAUCUUCCCUUCUGUUCUCUACAAAUUGCUAAUAAUGGUUUUGAAAUAAUGGAAGAUGGGGCACUGAGUGGAUCAGAACCAUAUCUUUUUUCUGUUUUCAUGCAGCACAAUAAAUUCAAGGAAAUUCCGAACGAGAUUGCUCGAAUGCCAAACAUCACAAUGCUAAGUAUCAAUAAUAAUCCAAUUAAAACUCUUCCACAGAAAAUGACAUUCACCUCAACCCUUGAAUUGUUUGAUUUCGGAUCACCGGAAAUGACGACAUGGCCACAUUCCAUUCGAACUCUAAAGUCGGUUUGGAGCUUGACACUUCAUGACUCACCGAUGUCCGAUCUUCCAGUGGAUGCGUUUGAGGGUUUGGAGGAUGUGAUUACGACUGUAUCAUUUUCAUCAACUCAUCUAAAAGGUAUUCCGAAAGCACUGGACAGACUUAAAAAAGUGACCGAUCUGUCUAUCACCAAUAAUAUUGAAUUAACUUCUGCAGGCAUACCUGAUGACGCGUUCAGUGGUAUGGUGUCGUUAGGGGAUAUUUUCAUAAACAACAGCAGUAUAACGAAAGUACCGAAUUUGUCCAAUAACCCCUUUCUUAUCCACUUAACCUUGACAAAUUCGCCGCUGUCACAAUGGGAUGAAGUCACAUUGCCAGAACAGCCACUCCUACAAGUGGUAGAUUUCAGUAACACGGAUAUGGAACAUAUUCCAGCCGCCGUGAGUCACAUCAGAAGUUUAACUGCUCUAUUUCUAGACAAAAGCAAACUGUCUCAAAUUGGACCAAAGGAUUUCACCGGGCUCCAGAAAUUAAAGCAAAUUAGUUUUGAUACAACGCCUUUAACCAAUAUUUCAAUGGAUGCUUUUAACGACACACACAUUCUACAAGGUCUGAAUUUAGAUUACACAAAGCUAUCCGGGCUACCUAGAGCUAUCGAACGACUACCGGCUCUGAGGUUUGUGGGCUUACAAAACAUAACUAUUGAUUGUACGUGUACAGAACUUGGAUGGCUGAAGAAUUGGAUCGGAUUAAGACAACUGAAUGUUUUUGGUGGGGAGUGUCGUAACAUACGCGUGGAUCUGACCGACUAUAUUCACCAAGAGAUCCCCAAAUGUUCCUGAGGGGGUCACUGCCAUUAUUGUCUAUCAUUUCUAUCAUCAUGAAAUAAAAACUCUCCCCCAUAUCAAUAAUUCAUUUUCUGAUUGAAGUUGAUUAGUUUUGUUUACUGUUUCUCCUCUUCGUCAACUCCAAUGCAAUGUUUAAAGUUAAAGGAACAUUUGCUUUGACGUCGAUGUGUUGUGAUACCCGCCAUCAUGCUGUGAAUAAAUCCCUACUCAUCGUC